CAUAUUUUAAUGCCGAGUUGGUAUUAACAGAGAGAACAUUAUGGAUUGCUUAAUGAAACGUAGAGACACUGGACAUUCAGGUGUGCAAAUGGGUCGAGAUACCGUCAGACCGAACUACCGCGUCGUAGUUCUGGGGUCAGCAAGCGUGGGAAAAUCGUCCAUAAUUAGCAAGUUUAUGCACGACAGAUUCUUAGAAAGUCACAAAGAAACUAUCGAGGAGUUACACAGACAUGUGAUGUGGUUCGACAAUAUUUCUGUUGAAAUUGAUAUUCUUGACACGUCGGGCUCAUAUCAAUUCCCCGCAAUGCGCAAACUUGCCAUAGCGACCGGCGACGCUUUUAUACUCGUGUAUUCAAUUGACAACAGGUCAAGUUUUAAGACUGUGAAAAUUCUACGCGAUGAAAUUCGAGAGCAGAAAACAAAGGGAAAAUAUUCCAUCGUCGUCGUGGCGAACAAGCUCGACUUGGAGACCUUCAAAGACACGUCAUGUGCCGUGACUGAAUCAAUUGUUUUUAUGGAUUGGGAGAAGAAAUUUGUCCUUACGUCCGCAAAAACGGGCGAAAACGUUCACGAAGUCUUCCAGGCUUUAGAGAAUAAAAUCAGAGAGCGAAUAAAACUGGAAGAAAAACGGAUGAAUUUCAUCCGAAGGAUAUCAAUGCCUGUCAUGCGUAUGGCGAAGUCCGAGAAAUCCGCGGUCGGGCUGAUAAAAACUAAAAGCAGAACACAUUCAAUGGAUUCAUAGACGAAUUGUUUCUUGCUCUUGAUUAAAACUAUGUUAACAGUAACCGAAUCUUAAUGGUAAGUGUGGUUGAUUGAUAUGCUCAUGCGUCGAGCCAUUUCAAUGCAUUGAGACCAUAACGUUUUACUGUUGCAUUAAACCGUUAGGCACACUAGGACCGUUGUUGCAUGUUUUGAUC